ACAGGGGAGACGAAGAAGAUGAAGAAGUUUGCGGUUAUCAACUUUGUGAAGGAGAAAAACGUCGGGGUUGCACCUUGUGACUGGUUAGAUCGUGACUGUGACGUUAAUGAAACAGUUAUUGUCAAUUGGGAAGAGGGAAAGAAGAAAUCACCGUAUGAUGUAGUGGUCCUGGGAUUUUCAGAUGACAGAGAAGAUGCAGAAUCAAUGAUGGAUAGAUAUAUUGAGACUGGGCGCUUAACAGAGAAAAGGAAAAUGUCAGUGGGAUUUACUGACCUCAGUGAUUCAUCAGAUGAUGAGCUGUUGAAAGAAAAACAGAAGAGGAUGAGAAUCAGCUAUGCUGCAGGACAGAAGAAAAUGAAAGAAAAAUACCUGGAAAUAAAGGAGAAAGAAGACCGACAACAAACAGAUGAAAGUACUUCAAGCACCACUGGACAGGAAAACAAGCAACAGAAAGAAGAAGACAACACCCAGAAGGAAAAAAAGCAGGACAAAGAAUCACCCUCUAAAAUCAAAGAUAUCCAGGAGGCUAGAAGUUAUGAUGAAUGUCAGCAGGUUGAAAAAACUUGUGAACAGACGCAAAGUGAUGCUAUUGAAGAUGAAGAGACAAAUGGUGAUGCCAACAAAGAAAAUGAACAGGUAUAA